CAUUAUGAUUUCCAUCUCUCUUCACCUUUCACUCACACACACUCUCUAUCUCCCUCUCUCUCAUAUAUUUAUAUAUAUGCAAUAAAAUGGACAAAAAACCGUGCAAUUCAUCUCAAGAUCCUGAAGUUAGAAAGGGGCCAUGGACCAUGGAAGAAGAUUUGAUUUUGAUCAAUUAUAUUGCAAAUCAUGGUGAAGGUGUAUGGAAUUCCUUAGCCAAAGCUGCUGGUCUUAAACGUACAGGAAAGAGUUGUAGACUUCGAUGGCUAAACUACCUUCGUCCUGAUGUUAGACGAGGAAAUAUUACACCUGAGGAACAACUUUUGAUCAUGGAACUUCAUGAAAAAUGGGGAAACAGGUGGUCCAAAAUUGCAAAGCAUCUUCCAGGAAGAACUGACAAUGAAAUUAAGAAUUUUUGGAGGACUAGGAUACAAAAACACAUUAAGCAAGUUGAUCAUAAUCAACAAAAUUCCCAACAACAAAAGAGUUCAUCAAGUGAUCAUCAUCAAACAAACACUAGCCAAGCUUCAAAUUCUACAAUGGUAGAGCCAAUGGAAAAUUAUUCUCCAACUUCAUACCAAGCAACAAAUUUAGAGCCAUUUCCAACUCAAUUUCCAACAAUCAAUGAUCACAACUCAAGUUGUUGUACCAAUGACCACAACACCAACAACUAUUGGAGCAUGGAGGACAUUUGGUCAAUGCAAUUACUCAAUGGAGAUUAAAUCUUUAAGCUUAAUUAAUUAUAUCUCUAAAUAAUUAAUAUAAAAAAAAUUAAAAUAAUAUAAUAAUAUAUUUACAUAAGUGCAAUUAUGUGCCACUAAGCUAGAGUACUAUAUUAUCUGGCUUAAUUAAUAUACUUUUAUAAUUAAUUAGAUUUGUUUAUAUAAGUAGUUUUAAUUAAGUUUGGUGUUAAGAAGUAAAUUAGUUAUGGAUUGUAAUAUAUAAAUAGGUGCAUAUAUAUACUAUUAUAAGUAUAUUUGCAUGCUUUUUUUUAUAUAAAGUAAAUGAGUUAGUAAGUGGUGGAUUAUAUAUGUGAUAUAAGUGUUUGAGAACCGCAAAAGUUGAAGCAUAUAUAUAUUCUUAGUGACAAACAUGAA